GCGCGUCAGCGGGGCGGUACUGUUGUUGUGUUGAGUGACGUCACGACGAGUCCUAUGACUUCCCACCAUUUACCUGCACUUUGAGACGCUUCGUGUGCACAUGACUCCUACCAGGCACCGUCGGGACACUAUGCUUGACACUUGAGAUGAUCUGAGAACACACCUUGGGCAUGAAAGGACCAUGGAGAAGUUUGCUGUUGAUCUUGAUAAAGUGCUGGAUGACUUUGAAUUAGAUGAAGAUGAGAGUGAAUCUGUAAACCAGUAUGAAAAAUUACAAUUAGAAUUUUGUCAAGAUGGUGGAGGCACAUUACCACCAGCUUCUGCAAGACAUGGUGUAGGAUUGGGUGCAUUUGGUGGCUGGAGUGAACCCUUGCAGCCUCAAGUAGUUGGAGCUGCUGCUAUUACUCAACCUUGGUGUGGAGGAGGACUUGACAGAGAGGCUCAACCACCUGGGACACGGAGCCCACCAGAUGGGCAGAAUGAUGAUAGUGAACCACCUGCAGCUUGUUCUCAUCCAACACCACAACCUCUGCCAUUCCACCCUAAUGUGCAGUUACCGCCUUCCCCACAAGUGCCACAGUUACACAUGGGUGAUGUCUUGGACGCAUCUGUCAGAACAGGAAGUUUACUUAUGAACCAGCAUUCUGCUGUUUCACAGUCAUUAUGGCCAGUAAUAGCUGCUUCUUCUGCAGGUAACUUUACACAAGCUUCUAUGCCUAAUGUCCAAGCUGAGCCAUAUGCUGCUGAAAAAUAUGGAAUGCCAUUAAGCAAUGGAGGUACAGGAAACAUUAGUUCUCGAGUACCUGCUAUGCCACCAGACUAUCAUAUUCCUGAACUUUCUGAAACUAGCUCUGCAAAUUCAGAAAAUGGAGAGAUAGGAAAUGAUCUUUUGGAUAAAAAUAUUCCAUGUGAAGAGCUUGAUGUCAUUGCAUCUCGACCUUUAGAUGUUGUACCGUUAAGUGUACCUCCAGACCGAGGUCUGGCCGGUGGGCAUGAAACAAGACAUCCAGAUAUUAUUGAUGUGUGGCAGAGUGGAGCAGAGGCCAGCACAUCAACUUCCCCACCUAGUGAAAGUGUGUGUCCAAAGGUAGUUGGUCAUGCACACAUUACCAGUGAUGUCCAAGAAAGAAUACAGGAAGUGCAGAGUGAACAUGUAAAUGGACCAGUUAGUUGUGUGGAUCUACAAGAACACAGAUAUCUGCCGGAUCUCAUGGCAGUGAACAGCAUUGACAGUUCAGUAGCCAGUGAAGGAACAAUUAGUGGUACAGAUUACUCUGAACCUGCAAUUGUAAUGGAAAAUGCUCUUUCCAGUUUACAAAUGAAUGAGCCUGCCAUUGUAAUGGAGAGUCAGUCAUGCAGUAGAAUACCUGAGGUUGUAAAUGUUCACCAAACUGCAGAGCAACAGAGUCAUUUGGAUACCUCCUCAUCCAUAGUUGAAGGGGCUGUUUGUAAUACUUACGUCUCGGAUAAUGUGAGUCAUGCUUCUCACGAGGAAGGUGCUCAUAGCAUUGAUAAUGUCCCUGGUAUUCUCCAGGAUCAUGUAAACCCAAUCUGUGAUAAUAUAGCUAGAUUAGAUAAAGUUCAAACUUUUGAACCUGUAAGUGUGGCUCCACAGCCAUCUCUUCCUGAUGUAAGUUCUGUUAGUAUGGCUCCUAUCAGCUUUAGCAAAAAUGCUGAUAUUGAUGAUGCAGACCUUGAUGCAGAGCUUGCUGAGCUGGAAGAAGAACAGUUCCGGUUACAGGGAGCAUAUGGUGGAAGUGUGGCAAGAUCACUGAACAGUGGUGAAGACAGCACAGGAGAGGUCAGUAGCUCUGAUGUUGAGCAAACUCAUGAAGCCAGCUUAGCUGGGGGCCCAGAUUUAAUAGGUGGCACAAGUACCUCUCAAUCUGCACCAGAAGUUGAUGUAGGAGGUAGUAGUGAGACACUGCAAGCUACAGGUGCUGCAGUAAAAACUGAAGAGCAUCCGAUCCCUGAAACAUUGGUGUGGCAGAGACAUCACGGUGAUCGUGAAGAAGGACAGUGUGCCUUGGCUGGCAUUCAGGACAUUAUAGCUCAGGAAAGCCUUAGCUUCUCGGAUCACCCUGUUGCAGAUGGUGUUGAAGAAGUGAUAUGUCAUCCUCAUAGAAGUCAAAUUGGAGAUUCCAGUGAAAAUGUGGGAGAGAGAGACCAAGAUGGAGAUGGAGGUGACAAUUUAUCUAGUAACAGUACAGGUACAGAUACAUUGUCGUCCAGUAGUACGCUCACAGAUGGAGAUCUAGGAUCACCAGACAGAAGACCACAGCAACCUGUUGCUCAGUCCGAGUCUCCCUCAAGAGUCACACCAGGUGAGUUACUGUGGUUAAAUUACAUUAAAAGCUGCUGUAUUCUUACUUUGGGGGGACAAGAAGAUGGACAUGACGGAGAUGCGAGACAAGGUCGGCAGCAACCCGACAGUCAGAGGCGGCCUCCAGACCCCAAUAAUCCUAUGGAAUACUGCUCUCGUGUGCCUCCUCCCCAACAAGUAGCAGCUUCAGCGGCAGUUCCCCCUCCCACUGUUAUGGUUCCUGUUGGUGUGUUGAAGCGCGAAGGCAGUAGCAGUAGCGCUAGGAGUCGGGGAAACAAACAAGUGAUUUUCAGUGAUGGCAUCCGGCCUGGUGGUGACCUGACCGAGCUUGAUGGGUCGGGGGAACUCCUUCCCCCUUACCGCAGAUCGGGACGGGUGACCAGGAGGGUGGAUCGUCCCACCACCGGCAGUGGUGUUGGCGGUGGUACGGGUGGGUUACUUCGCUCCCUCCCCCCUGACCGCUGCCUCAUCCCCCCCGGGGCUGGCCUCCCCCCUGUGGUGGUUCAGGCUCCUGCCACUGGAGAAUAUGUGUUUGAGGACAACCCAGACAGCAGUAAGCUGGAGCAACAGAUGAGAGGAGAUGGGCCGCCGGUGGUCUUUGCUGUACAUAAGAACCUCACCGUCCUAGUCAAAAUGGUUAAAUUGGAGUGUUGUGUUGGUGUGGAAGUGUGGAAUGUAGCAACACGUGGCUUGUGUACAGUGGGUCAGGAGGAAAUGGUUGUCCUUCUGGAGGUGGCUCCGGGGGAAACGCAACCGCCCAGAGAUAUAUUUGCCUUUUUCCACACUGUAUAUCAGCAAGCUAAUCAAGGUAACCUUGUGUCAGAAUUGGGACACACAAUUUUUACUGAACCAGAAGGGUUUCUGGGGUCGCGGGAGCACGGUGGCUUCCUGUAUAUCCGCCCCACUUUCCAGUGCCUGCGCAAUUUGGUGUUGCCCCCUUCACCUUAUAUUUUUGCCGUCCUUAUUCAGAAGUGGGAGACGCCAUGGGCUAAGGUUUUUCCGCUUCGUUUGAUGCUGCGCAUGGGUGCAGAGUUCCGUUAUUAUCCUUGUCCUCUCGUGUCGGCCCGCAACAGAAAACCAGUCUUCUGUGAGAUUGGACACACCAUAAUGAAUCUCCUUGUGGAUUUUCGUAAUUAUGCUUACACCGUCCCUGGAAUUGAAGGAUUUGUCAUCCAUAUGGAGGACAAGAAAACCAGUUUACUUUUCCCAAAGAACAGAUAUGAACAGGUAACGAAAGCUCUGAGCAACAGUAAUGAUCACGUACUGGCCCUUGGAGCCAACUUUAGUCCCCAGGCUGACUCCCACUUGGUUACCAUAGAGAAUGAUGACGGCAAUUACUCCACCCAGGCUAUAAAUAUACAUAAUCGACCACGUAGAGUUACGGGAGCAAGCUUCAUUGUUUUUAAUGGGGCUCUGAAGACAACCUCAGGUCUGUCUGCCAAGUCCUCCAUUGUAGAAGAUGGCCUUAUGGUUCAGAUACCAGCAGACAUGAUGACCAAACUAAGGGAAGCGUUACAAAACAUGAAGGACUUUGAAAUUCCCUGUGGUCCAGUUUCAGCCAGCCAGCCAGAUGAAGUUGUCAUCAUCAAGUGGACUAGUGAUGAUAAAAAUUUUAAUGUCGGCAUUAAGAGUCCUGUUGAUGAGAAGCAGAUGGAUGGAAUUCCAUCGGUGAAAAUCCACUCUGGUACUGAUUAUGUCAGUAAUGCUCAUCUUAUAAGGUGGACAGAAGUCUUCAUAAUGCAGGGAGAAACUAACAACAGCAAUGAUGUGAACCUGAGCCGUCUCUCAGAGUUGUUGGCACGAUCGUUUUGUGUGGCGCUUACCCCUCAUUUGGCCGAUUUGUACAACAAUGGACAUACACGCCUUGGGCUGCGUACCACAAUUCAUCAAGACAGUGUGGGCUAUGAAGCCGGGAGCAGUGGAAAUCGUCUCCCAGCAUCAUGUAUGAAUGACUUGGAUGCAGAACUGAUUCCCGUGAUUCAUCGUGCAGCAGCAAACAUCACAGAUCAACCAAUUAUAUUGGAGCUUGUGUUUCAUAUUAUGGAGCAGUGAAAGUGACUUAGGUUGCUUCCACAAUUUAUCAUUUUAAAAUUGGGUAAGUUACUCUUAAAUUUGAAGACAUUUUAUUUCUUUACCGAUGAGCAGCUAAAGAAUAUAUGUACUUACAAAGUAUGAGGUGCACAACACUUGUGAAUUGUACAGACAAGAACUUCACCUACGUCAUAUCACAGUUUUGUAUAGUAGUCAUUAUUAUUUAAAUGAUUUGGCAUAUUACAGGAUGAAGAAUGCAGUUUUUGUAUAGAAUUCGUUAUUAUUUAUAUAAUUUAGCAUAUUACAGAAUAAGGAAUGGAUAGCAUAUGUAUGAGACAGCUGUUAGAAUCCCUUAAAGUAGAUGGGUGACUUCUUGUUAAUUUAAAUGAGCAGUCUUGUAUACAUAACCUAAUCUUAUAAACACACAAGCUAGCUAAUUCAAGUGCAAGGAUAAUAAUAGCAGUGUAUUUACCACCUGUUUUAUGAUAAACUGAGCCUGAUUUUCCCCCUUGCUCAGUUUGAAAUAAUUGUCUACAAACAUUAAGCAUGUCUGUUUUGAGUGCAUUUUGUUACAAGACAACUAUCCUCUGGCAGAUUUGAGCCAUGAGUAGAAACAUUAUCAUUUAUGGGAUACAGUACUUUGUUACAGUCCAAUUGAGAAUCAAAGAUGACUUGAGAAACAGUGUGAGAAGAUGCAUUUCUGUAUCUUGUAUCAUACUGUAUCACGUUGUUCAUUUUCUGUUAAAUUAAUGACUUGUUAAUGUAAGUCAUCCAGCUGCUUAAAAAUAUGAACAUCUAUGUCUGUAUCUGAUAAACUGUGCGGUAUUUUCCAAUUCUUAGCUGCUCUCAUUAUAUAUCACAACCUGUACUGCAUAUUCUAGCUGGCUUACCAAUUCCGACAUUUAUCUUGCCUUCAGUCAGUAUACUUUUCACCUUCAUAAAUACAGGUUCUACUAUAUCGUACGAUUACCAUCCACUCUCACAUGUAUAGGACAGUAGUGAGCUCUGACAUAAUGUGUAACAUUUCAUUAACUAUUUGAAAUAUCCUUCAGAUUUCUUAAUUUCCCAUUCUGAUCUGUAACUGAACUCCUUAGAACUUGAUGAAAAAUCCUUACCCCCCCCCCCCUAAUGAACUCCUAUAUCUAUAUUUUUCCUUUUAAACUUGCACCUAAAUUAGUUAACAUCUUGCACCUGAAUUAUUUAACAUCUUGCCUGUGUAUCAAGUAUCAGAGCAUUUAGGAACAGUAACUGAGAGGUUGUAUUAUAGACAUUGCACAAAUCUAUCUAAAUGCCCUGAACUAGGUAACUCGCAGGAUGGUAUGUCUAUUUCAGUAUAAAAUUAUGCAAUGUAAUCAUUAGAAUACACACUACAAGGAAGUUUCCCAUCUUUAGAAUGUUUCUCAGUUAUGGUUGAAUUUCAUAUGAAGCCUUCAAUAUUUUCUGGUGCUUUUUAAACCAAUUAGUAUAUUUUAAUUAAUGUAAUUCUCAUUUUCUUAAUAUAAGUAUAUAACAUAAAUAAUGGUACUGUGCUUUGAAGUGUGCAUUGGAAUAGGCAUAUUUAUAUUUGCCAGCUCACAUUCGAUAUCAGUUUUCUCACUUAUUAUUUUCAUAGUAAUUAUUUUCACUUAUUAAUUACUGCUAGAUAAAGGAAUCUAGAAGAAGGCUCGAGUGUGUGUGAAAUGCCGGUAGUAUUUUUGUGUCCCGGGGUAUUGCCAAGUGUGUAAGUUGCAUGGUGUGUUUACAUGUAGGUAAACAUGGUGUGUUUACAUGCAGGUAAACAUGGUGUGUUUACAUGCAGGUAAACAUGGUGCGUUUACAUGCAGGUAAACAUGGUACGUUUACAUGCAGGUAAACAUGGUACGUUUACAUGCAAGGUAAACAUAGUGUGGUUUACAUGCAGGUAAACAUUGCACGUUUACAUGCAGGUAAACAUGGUACGUUUACAUGCAGGUAAACAUGGUACAUUUACAUGCAGGUAAACAUGGUGUGUUUACACGCAGGUAAACAAAACUGCAGUGCCAGUGCCACGGGCAUAGUGGCUCCGCAUCACUUGAGUAAAUAAAGUGACUGGGAAGGUGGACAUAGCAAGAAAUGCGGUGUUGGCGAAUAUUAGACUAAAUAACAGCGUAAAUCCAAACAGGUUUUUAGGCUGACUUCUCCAACAACCAUUUAAGGGUUAUGCUUUGCCUAGGUUUUGAAAAGGUUUAUAAUGGUUGUAACCAUUUAUUUUACAGGUGCAAUGGUGUUAACCAAUGUACUUUUCUCAAUUUAUUCUGCCAAGCAGAAUGUUUUGUAAGUAAAUAUUAUAAAGUUCAAAAGAAUUUUUUUUAAUUUAAAUAUAUUUAAAAUUACAUUUUCUUUCUUGUUUCUAAACAAUAAUAACAACAAUUACAAUGUAUAUUGUUAGUUGCUCUUCCAUUGUUGAAUGUAAGAGAAGGUAAUGGUAAAUGGUAACAGAUUACAAGGUUAAUGUCUGCUAUAGGUAUUUUAAUAUUUGGAAUUCCUGCCACGCUGCUUUAAAAGCCAUAAUUUGAAUAUAUUAUCAUUCGUAGCUUUCAAAACUAAACAGCAGCAAUCUCUUUAGGGGAAACAGUCCAAGGUAGUAUUUUAAAACCAUAAGUCUCUCCCCGUUGUUUCUCUGUAUAUUUUGGUCUCAGUGAUACGUAUGUGAAAGGAUCAGGUGAAGGUCUUUCAUGGGUUAUUGUUUAACUUAUCAGUUGUUGCAUACACUUGGUAGUGUUACAGAUAUGACAAAUAAUAGCCUGUCACAGUUGUUAUAUGUUUAAAAGUUUAUAUGUAAAUGUUCUUUUACCACCCUUAUUGAUUCUAAUAAGAUUCUUUAAUGGAAUGUUUUUGUCUGUAGCUGUCUGCAGUAUGUUGAAUGGCUCCAAUACAAAGGUCAAUUGAUUGUUGUUACAAUGCAUUGGCCGUUCUCAUAAACUUGUGUAAAUAGCAGUGACAUUUUACUCGGGUUUGUCUAAGCUCUUCUUGACCCUGGGUUCUAUUAAGUUGCCUCUCCACCCCCCAUCCCGAUCCACAACGGAAGUAAAUUAUAGAAACUUCUGCUUGGUAAAUUUUGUCGAAUCACUUUUUCAUUCUCAUACUAGUGUCACUAAUUUUAUGGCAUUAAACUUUUAAAUUUCUUAGAGUGAAGAAUUAAUUAACUUCUGGCCCCCAGGAGUAGUUAUCUAAUCAUGUUAUUCAGUUUGCAUAUAUCGAUAUUCUCAUUCAUCAAAAUUCUAGACAUAUACAGUAUAUUAAUACUCUUGGCUGUCAUUAAUAAAUACUAGCUGUGCGUUUUUUUUUUUUUUUUUUUUUUUUUUUUACAUGGUGAUUUUCUGGCCUGUUCCUCAGUAGUGCCUAGUAUUUAAGGCUCUGGUAUCACAGAGACUUAGAAAUGCUACCAGUCUCUGGACAUGUGCAGGGCAGUUGAAGACCGGGAUCGGAAUCAGGUUCACUCUUUGAGGUGGGAGGAUCCUAUAUAUCAGAGAUUGACCCCACAACAGAAAAAAAGGUCAGAAGGUACUGGCAAAGAAAACAAACAAUUAACCCUGAUAGGAAAAGAAAAGUAUCGAAACAAAGCAAAUGAAAGUUUGUCGAGGGGCAAACCACAAGGCCAGUUCAACCGACUGCCACCAAGCACCACCCUAGAGGUGGUGCCUGGUGGCACCACCAAUGCCCAGGAAUAUUUACAUCCCUGGGCAACCUAGGAUAGUGCCUGGUGCCAGAGUGUCGGUCUGGCCUAUACCCUGGCAUAGUGGGUAUUAACCUGCAGCCAGUAUAGUUUAUAUAUUUUAUUUAUACUUUUCCUACUAAGAGUAAUUGUUUACUUUUUGCAUAUUUUCUAGGCACUUUUUCACAGUUUUUGGAAGAUCACUGAUCUGCAGGAUCCUUUGCCUCGAUGAGCAGAGCAGAUUCUGAUCCUGGACUUGGCAGGCAUAUACAAGUCCAGACCCCUGAUAGUGUUUGUAUGUAUCUGUGGUAUCAUAGCUUUAAGCACCGGGAAGCUACCGAGGUUCUGCCUUAAAAAAAAGGGGCACAUUUUAUUACAUUAAAUAAUGAUUUUUUUGGGGGGAGGAUGGGGCUAUUGUUGCACAGCAUCAAAUUUACAUCUGGUGAACUAAUAGUGUUGGAUAAUCCUCAAAUUUGUCCUGCCGCAAACUUGAGCCAUAAUGUCAACAUUUUUAUGAAAACAAAAAGGAUGUACAUGUAUGUCAUUUGGUUAAAAAAAUAUACUAUUUAUUUGUAAAUGGUUAUUUGCAGACUAACUUAGUGGUAGAUAUAAAUAGCAGAGCUAGCUAUAUGAAAAAUUUACCUUUGGAUUACUUGUAGAUAUCCCUAUAAAUAACAUUGUGAUUAUAAUAAAAAAAAAAUGUAUUCAAUACAUGGUCUAAAUAUAAA